AGAGCGGACGCGUUCUCGUUAUGCGCAGAACCUCCCGGGAAUUGUAGUCCAGUUGCGCUUGGGGAGUUGCCUUCUUGCUAGACGAAAGAACUACACUUCCCAGUGUGCAUCGGAGCAGCUUCGUUAGAAAACUCACGCCUUUGCUGCAAUUGUGAGUCUUACCCACGUACCUGCAUCCCUAGUCUGAGAUUGAGAAAAGUUCUCCUGUGGGAACCCGGCGGAAAGAUGCCGGUUGGAACGCGGGAUCUGGCUUCUUCGGGAAAAAGGACGGACCUUUACCGCUGGAAACGGUUCAACAAGAAGCCGAGUUCCAAGCAUGUUUUGGACUCUGAGAAUUUGGAUUACUGGACAAAGAGGGUCGAGAAAGCCUCAGAAUUUGCAGUCUCUGAAGUAUUUUCUCCAAGAAAUUCAGAUGUUCCCAGACGACCAUGGAACAGAAUCAUAGAUUUAGAAACAACAGAGCAACUGGUGGAACAUGAUGAAGCUUAUGAAGAAGCUCAAGAACUGCUUAAUGACUGGAUGAACUCAAAACUUAAAAUAGAAUUAGCAAGUGAUAAAGAAGAUGAUGGAGAUGCUGUGCCCAGUGUUACUUCUUCACCAGAAGACAAUGGUGUUGCUGAUCCUGUGAAGUAUGAAAAAUUUGAUGAUUUGUACAGUCAUUUGGAAGAGGAAGAAGAAGGUUCCAUGGUUAAACAGUUUAUGGACCACCUUCUCCAUAAAGAUGUAGUGGAUUCUGGGACAUUGGAAGAUCUUGGAAUGAAAGAAAACCAAGAAAAGAAAAAGCAGAAGGAUCCCCGUCUUACCAUGGAGAUGAGACAUAAGCAGGUAAAGGAAAAUCGCUUAAGAAGACAGAAGGAAUUAGAGCGUCAGAGGGCAGAGAAGGCCCUAAAAAAAUCAGCCUUCUUGGAAGCUCAGUUUCUAGUACAAGAAGAAAAAAAAAGGAAGGCUCUGAAGGUCAAGAAAGAGGAAGAGGAAAUUCAAAAGGAGAUGGUCAAGUUGCGGAAACAAAUGGUGGAGAGAAGACGCACUGUGCAAGAAGCAUGGAAAAUUGAGAGGAAGAAGCAAGAAGAGAAAUCUCAGAAACUUCUAGAAAAAGUCUCCUUCCAAAGCUCUCAAGUGCUGAAUGAAGAAAAAAUAGCAAAAGAAAAAAAGAGAAAACAGCAGGAGCAAUUAGCCACGAUUAACAUGGAAAACCAACGGUGUCUACAAAAGUAUUUCUCUGCCUGGAAUAAGGAGGUUUUUGAACGCAAAUUUAAGAUGAGCAAAGCUGAGACCCUUGCAAAUUGGAAAUGUCAGAUGAAGUUCCUGCAAGCCUGGAGGGACUACACAAGAGGUCAGAAAUUAGCACGGGAGACUCGAGACAUGGAGGCUUUUUUGAGGGAUCAAUUCAGAAAACAACAACUGGCAACUGAUUUCCACCAGAAAAGAAUUCUAAGACAACACUUUACACACUGGCAACUCAUAUAUAGAAAAGAAACUGGAAAGAGAGAACUAGAAUUGAAAAAGGAAGAAACUCGGAAGAAAAUGGAUGAGUUACUGAAGGCAGCAUAUCUGGGGAAACUUAGUUCAAAUGGAUCCUGUGACACAAGAAAUGGGGAGAAAAGGAAGUCCCAAAAUUCAUCUAUAAAAAAAGAAGAGGUACCAGAAGUGGCCUUUUCCCAGGAGAAGCCUUCUGGCGGCGAUGGAUACAUAACCAGUCCUCCUUUAUGCAAAAAGUCCAAGUCUGGCUACCAAGUCCCCAUACAGCCACCUCCUCAGAACUCCCCAGAGCUUCCUCAGUCCAAGAACCCAAGUUGUGAGUCUUUGCAUCAGUUUUGCAGCAAUCAGCCAUUCAGAACUCCCAACCAGAAACCCUUGUCCCCUUACAUGAGCCAUUUCCACAACCGCCACAUUUUCCAGCAACAAGUGAUUGAAGAGCAAAAGAAGAAACUCCAGGAACAACAGAAAAUGAUCCUUGAGCUUCAGGAAAACCAGAGGCUGAGGGAGGCAAGAGAAGAGGCCGAGCGGGCUACGGCAGUGACUGCAGCACUCAACCGGCUGAUGUCAAACACCAGGGAGGAGAAGUUAAAGAAGGGACGCCAGAUCAUUUCAAACUCAUCUGGUCCAUCCUCUGGGAUUGAUAGCCCAAAGCCUGAUUCUCAGAGCUCUCCUUAUGCAUCCAGAAAGAAGUCAAAGCAGUUGGUAACGCCUCACCCCAUUCUAAAAGCCAUGGAGGAGAGAGCUGCUCAGCGGAGUGAACGUAAAAAACUCUUGGCAGAGAUUAAGAAGAAACAAGAGGAAGAUAAAUUGGCUCAGUUGAAGGCUCAAGAGGAGGCACGACAGAGAAAAGAAGCAGAAGAAAAAGAGAUCCAACUUGAAAAGAGGCGAGAAGAGAAGAGACUGAAGAAAAUGAAAGAGCUAGAGAAAUUGAGGAGAGCAGAGAGGAACCAGCAGCUCCAGGCGAAGGCCAAGGACCAUUAUGAGCAAACCCUGCUGCUGAGGAAAGGCCUGGAGCCCUGGAAGAGACUCCUGAGUCAAAGCAAGCACAACAUGGAGAUGGCAGAAAGUCAUUAUUGCUCCACGAUUCAGAGGAAAUACCUUCGGACCUGGUUACAUCAUAGCCAAGAAAUCCUGGCUAAGAAGAGGGCGCAGGCAGAUAAACUUAACUCCCAGAUAUUGCUUAGGAGAGCCUUUAGGAACUGGUUAGAGUACAAGAGGUCUCUAACAAUGGCUGAAGAAAAAGGAAGAAAAUUCAGGGCCGCCUUUCUUCAGAAACACGUGUUCACAUCGUGGCUUAAUCUGGUCCGUGAGGAUAAGAUCGCCGCUCAGAAGCAGCUCCAGGUGGCCACCAAGCACAGUAACAGGAGAAUCCUUUCAGCCACGUUUCAGUCCUGGAAACGACUUCCAAAACUUAUGAAAGAGGAAAAACUAAGAGAAGAACGGUGGGAAGAACUCCGCAAGAAAGUGUCUGAAAUCCUUCCAGACUUCGGGAGCACGAGCUCCGUGUGAAGAUAAACCGAAGCAGGCUGCGUGAAGGACGAGCAACUUCCCAGUGCUAGGGUAGAGGGCCUUUGGGAGAGGUGCCAGCGGCCCCCAGGCCCAUUUAGACAUUGCUUAAUUUGUUUGCCAGAAAUGAUUUGGGACAAAGGAUGACGUGGAGACAUUUUGGGGUCUUCCACUUCCCUCCUUGAUUCACUCACUGGAGAGCUUGCCAGAACCUGACCCCAAGGACCCACUCCAGGGUCUCAGACCCAGGCUCCAACAUCUCAGAAAGUCCAGGUCGUAGAACCCACUUCCCUGGAUCGCUCGGAGCCCCUCGGCACGCACACCGCUUGAUUCGACGCCAUCUGCCUGAGCGCACGGGAGAAAUGUAGCUUCGCUGCUCUGACAGCGCCCGUUGUCAUACGAGCCUCCCUAUAAAUAAAUAAAAGUAUUUCUGGAACAGUAGAA